UGUUAAAGAUCGCUUAGAAUGACAAUACAAUCUGAUGUGAUUUGUCAGUAUUAUUUAUGGUGAAGAGUUUACCUCGUGCCAUAACGGGACCAAUCAAGCUAGAAGGAACAAAAGACGAUUUCAAUGAAUUUCAGUAGAAUGACACGACAGCUAUUAUUGGUACGUCAGCUUUCACAAUCACAAAGCGACCUUCGAAGAAUUUUAUGCACAGGUGCAGUGACCUCGACGACAAGGGAAUGCACGGUCGAUCACGAUGCAACGAUCGAAGUGAAGCCAUACGAAGACAUACCAGGACCAACGCCGGUACCAAUUUUGGGAAAUACUUGGCGAUUAUUUCCAAUAAUCGGCCAAUACCAAAUAUCAGAUGUGGCGAAAUUGUCGCAGAUAUUCUACGAUGAGUACGGCAAGAUCGUUCGUUUGACUGGUUUAAUAGGUCGACCGGAUCUGUUGUUCGUUUACGACGCUGACGAGAUCGAGAAGAUUUAUAGACAGGAAGGACCGACUCCAUUUAGGCCGUCUAUGCCGUGUCUGGUGCAUUAUAAGAGCGUCGUGAGGAAAGAUUUUUUUGGAAAUCUUCCUGGUGUCGUUGGAGUACACGGUGAGCCAUGGAGAGAAUUUCGUACAAGAGUCCAGAAACCUGUUCUCCAACCGCAGACGGUGAGGAAAUACAUAACGCCUAUUGAGAUGGUUACGUCUGAUUUCAUACAGAGAAUUCAGGAGAUUAAAGGCGAAGAUGACGAAUUGCCAGCAGACUUUGAUAACGAAAUACACAAAUGGGCUCUAGAAUGUAUAGGUCGCGUCGCCCUUGACGUGAGAUUAGGGUGCUUAUCAGGUAAUCUGACACCGGAUUCGGAGCCUCAAAAGAUUAUCGACGCGGCCAAAUUUGCUUUGAGGAACGUAGCAGUGCUUGAAUUGAAAGCUCCUUACUGGAGAUACGUGCCCACCCCUCUGUGGUCACGAUACGUACGAAACAUGGAUUACUUCAUCGAAGUAUGUAUGAAAUACAUCGAUGCAGCGAUGGAGAGGCUGAAAACAAAAAAAACUGUUGACGAGUUUGACUUGUCUUUGGUGGAAAGAAUUUUAGCCAAAGAAAGUGACCCUAAAAUGGCUUAUAUUCUGGCCUUAGAUUUGAUUUUGGUUGGAAUAGAUACCAUUUCAAUGGCUGUUUGUUCAAUAUUGUAUCAACUGGCAACUAGACCGGAGGAACAGGAAAAAAUUUAUCAGGAGCUUAUAGAAAUUCUUCCUGAUCCAUCUGUACCUCUUACUACGAGUCAUCUCGAUAAAGCUAUUUAUAUGAAAGCCUUUAUUCGUGAAGUUUUCCGAGUAUAUUCUACAGUGAUUGGAAACGGUAGAACAUUACAAAGUGACACCACAAUUUGCGGCUAUAGAGUACCAAAGGGGGUGCAAGUCGUGUUCCCAACUGUGGUAACGGGAAAUAUGAAACAAUAUGUAAAAGAUGCAAAAACGUUUAAGCCAAAGCGGUGGUUAAAAGAAUCUUCUAACGAAAAUUUGCACCCUUUUGCAUCGUUACCUUAUGGUCAUGGCGCACGUAUGUGUCUAGGUAGAAGAUUUGCCGAUUUAGAAAUACAAGUUCUGCUUGCCAAACUGAUAAGAUCUUACAAAUUGGAAUACCAUCAUAAACCACUUAAAUACAAGGUUACAUUUAUGUACGCUCCCGACGGUGAACUCAAAUUCAAAGUACUUCAAAGAUAGUGAUCAUCUAAAACAUUUAUCAAAAUAGCAGAGAGUAAUUUAACAUUUCUCCAGUUACCCUCUAUCUAAUUUCUUGGAGGGAAAAUUGCAAGCUCGUACAAUAAAAUACAAGAAAAUCCCCAAUUCAAAAGACCAUAUUUGUUACGACAUUUAACGCAAGCAAUUUUGUUGUCGGAUCGUCAAGUGAAAGAUAAUAAAAUUUAUAGGGGCCUUAAAAUUAAUGGAAUAAUUUAUUAUAGAUCGAAUCCAGGUGAACACACAUUAUAAUAUCAUUUCAGUUCUAUAUUUAUAAUAUUUCUUUAACCAACCACGAAGGAGAUUACAAGUCUGAGAUGAUGUGUGAAAUUUUUACUAUUUAAUAUCUACAGAAGAAGUUGCCUGUCUGUAUAAACGAUAAUUGAUGAUGCAAAAUG